UGUUUUUAAGCUACUUCCGGGUCCUGAGGAAACACGUGAAGCGGGUCGGGUUCAGCUUCUGCCGCGUCUUGUUUACAAGUAAACCACAACAAGUAACGAUGGCAACAACCAACAAUGGCAUCGUAAACGGAAUGGAGGAGCAGGAGGAGAAGGAGACAGAGCAGGAGGAGGAGCAGGAGGAGGAAGUCUACCGGAACUUUGUGGCUCUGCACGCCGGAGCGCUGAGGUCCUCAGGAAUCCCUGAGCUGUAUUGGAAGAGCCUGUUCCUCAAGCUGAGCCAGGAGAUCUAUGAUGCCGGGGAGGUAUUCGGGAUCAUGCAGGAGAUGGAGGAGGCUGAGGAGAAAAAUGCAAACCCUAUCCCGAAGUUCACCUGUAAAGUGGUCGUAACGAGUGAAGAUGGGCUGCAGGCCUCCGACCCCAACAGCGUGUUCCUGGUGGACCAUGCCUGGACGUACCGCGUGGAGCACGCCCGCCAGCAGCUGGAGGAGAUCCCCGGCCUGCUGCCCAGGAUGGCCUCCCUCAUGGGGCUGGACUGUCACGGGGAGACCCCCGACCCGGGCACCGUGGACCGGGUCCUGGAGAGCAUGUGGCGCUACAACCAGACCUACCGGCUGUCCCAGGGGACGGCGGAGGAUAAGGUCCCAGUCUGGUACAUCAUGGACGAGUUCGGCUCCCAGGUGCAGCACGCGGACGAGGCCUCGUGCCGUCUGGCCCCCCUGUACUACCUCCAGGGGCAGAUGGCCUUCUCCGUGCUCUGGCCGCUGCGGGACCUGGCCCCCGGAGACGAAGUCACGCGUGACUACGCGUACGGCGAGACUAGGCCCCUGGUGAGGCAGUGCCGCCUGUUGCCGUGGAUACCGGCCGACCUGGAGGGGGUGAGCACGGACACGCCCGAGCCCUCGGACCUGUACUACGAGGCCAUUCAGAAGGAGAACAAGGAGACGUCUCCAGUGGAGAUCCUGCCCUCCCCAGUUCCUGCAGACAAAGUCCUGAAGGUCUUCACCGGGAUGCAGCAGGUCAGAGAUCACCUCACCCACCCCCGCUUCCAGAUGACCGACUCUGAGGAGGACGCGGACGUGGUCUGGGCCUACGUCAGCAUCAAGGACUACCGGAAGUGGAGCGAGCAGCGGCCCCAGGUGAUGCUGAACCAGUUCCCCGGGGAGUCGGUCGUCACGGUGAAGGACUGCCUCUCGGCCGUGGCCCGGCGGGCCGGGGGGGCCGGGGGUGAUCUGCAGGGGGCGCCGUGGCUCCCGCGCACCUUCAACCUCCAGACGGAGCUGCCCCAGUUCAUCAGGCAUUACCAGCAGAGACACGAGCGCGGGGAGGACAACCACUGGAUCUGUAAACCCUGGAACCUGGCCAGGGGCCUGGACACACACAUCACCAGCAGCCUGGACUACAUCAUCAGACAGAGGGAGAGCCUUCCCAAGGUGGUGUGUAAGUACCUGGAGGACCCCGUGCUGUUCCACAGGGAGGAGCUGGGCCGGGUGAAGUUCGAUGUCCGCUACAUGCUGAUGCUGCGCUCGGCCCGGCCGCUGCGUCUCUACGCCUACAAGGUCUUCUGGCUGCGCUUCGCCAACAAGCCCUUCUCGUUGGAUCACCUGGACGACUACCAGAAGCACUUCACCGUCAUGAACUACGCUGAAGGUGUUCAGCUCAAACAGGUCCACUAUGAUGACUUCAUCCCCAUGUUCGAACAGCAGUACCCCCAACACCCCUGGAGCGAGGUGGAGGCAGAGCUGUUUCAGGUGUUCGGAGAGCUCUUCCAGUUAGCCGGUUCCCGCCCGGCGCCCUACGGUCUGGGGGACUACCCCUCAUCCCGAGCCAUCUAUGCAGUGGACCUCAUGCUAAAGUGGGGGACAGGGCCCAGCGGCGAGCGUGUGAUGAAGCCUCAGAUCCUGGAGGUGAACUUCAGCCCCGACUGUGCACGGGCCUGCCUCUACCACCCCGACUUCUACAACCACAUGUUCCAGACGCUGUUCCUGGAUCAGCCCCAGGACUGCCCGGUCACCCGGAUCCUCUGACCCCACACAUGAACCACAAUGUUGUGGUUAGGGGUUUAUUCAGCUGCCAUCUUGGCUCUAAGCGCUAGCUGAGUGCUAGCGGAGGAACUGAAUGCAGAAACCUGCAUUCAGUUGGAGGUGUAAAGUAAUAAAGGAGGAUUUAGGUGAUUAAAAAGGUCAAUGUGUGUCCAGUUCUUAAUAAAACUAUGAAUAAAGUUUUUUUUUCUUA